AUGGAUUUGCUUAUGCGCAUUUACAUUCAAGGUCACAAGUGUACGAUGUCUUCCGUAAAGGAUGAUGCGAUAGUUGUAAAUUCACAACUGAGACACUCUGUGUCCACUCUUUGGUUCUUCCUCACCUUCGAAUUCUUAAUUAGCACCUUUCUGAGUAUUUUCCUGGCCAUUCUCACGUUCAUAAAAUCUUUAUUGCCGAAACCACCCAGGGAUUUAACAGGAGACAUAAUUUUGAUUGCCGGCAUUUCUUCCUCAUUAGGCGAGUCUUUGGCGAGUGAAUUUUUAAAAAACGGUUGUUCCGUGAUUUGCGUGGACAAAGAUUCGAAAACGAUCGAGGAAACGGUAUCCAGAUUGAAGCAACGACAUUUGAUCGUCGAGGCGAGAUCGCAGAGGAGGAACGAAUCGUCGCGAUCCGGAUCGAUGAUAUUCACUUACGAGUGUGAUUUCUUGGAUAAAGAUGCGAUUAGAGGCACCGUUCAAAAAGUGAAAAAAGAUAUUGGAAGAAUCGACGUUCUGAUUACUUGUAUCAACGAAUCGAACGAGAAUAUCUUCGACGCGAGCAGCAGGACAUUGAUGGCCCAUUUCUGGACAGUUUUGACGUUUCUUCCAAUGAUGUUGUAUCAAAAACGAGGCCAUAUAAUUGGUGUUACUCCAAUCUCAUUGAACAGCGACGCUUAUCAUAGCUCCAGAGCGGCUAUAAUGUAUUUCAUAGAAAGUAUGCGUCAAGAAUUGAGCGAGCACAGCAGUUACUUAACAUUUUUGGCAUAUUCUCCAAUUGCAAAAUCCAGCUCAUUGAAGCAAAGUGAAGAAGAAGUAAGCAAGAACAUAGUAAGAGCAGUGAAGACUGAUCAGUAUAAUGUGAGCUGGACGUUCAAACUAUUGUAUCAAAUAGGUUGCAUAAUCUAUAAUGGAAUAACGUUGCUCACAAACUGGAUCGACUUUAACAGAUGCGAUUAUCCCACGUGAAAAACGAGUUUUUCCUCAUCCUUCUCUGGUCAGAAUCAAAGAUUGAACAGAAGAUGGUCUAUGAACGACGA